GCUCGCCUUGAACUUGCAGUCCUUCUGCCUCAGCGUCCCAGGUUGCUGGGAUUACAGGCAUGCACCACCUGCCCAGCUAUUAUCCUUACCUUACAGUUGACAUAACCAAGGCCUGGAGAGGUGAAUGACUUGGCUAGGGUCCUACUGUGAGUGAGAUCAGGCUAGAAUGUAGGCCUCUAGCACUGGCUCAAUGUUGGGAGUGGUGUGGACAUGUGCAGGGUAAGUGACCACAGUGCCCAGUCAAUCAGGAACAACACCAGGAGAGGGGCUGGGGGUUACAGUGUGAUGGGGAAGCAGGCAGGACACUUGCCCCAGCCUCCCUGAUGCCUGUGUGUCCAGCCUUGUCCCUGUUUCCUCCCCACCGGCAGCCCCUCCUGGUGCAAGGCCUGCCCAACCCCUCAGUGGCUUCUCCUUGGCGUGGCUUCAGGGAGGGCCCGCCCUGUCAGAAGGGUCAGGGUCAGUAUUAGAGGUGCUGAAGAUGCCCCAGGGGGUGCCCAGGUGGCAGGGUGACUAUCAAUGGGAAAGCCGCCUUCCAGCUUAGGAUGGGUGCCGCAGAGGCCCGCGUGACCUUGCUGCUGACAUUCCUCAGAGGCCACGUGGCCCCAACUGGCAGGGACAGCUGCAGACAGGGGCCGAACCAGCUUUGUUACCAGGGUGGCGCCCGCUCUCCAUCCAGGCCCUGUUCAGCUCCUGUUCAGACUCUGCUUUCCUUUCCGGGGCUCACUGGGCAACCGGCACUGUGGGUCCUAUACCAUGAGGGCCUAGAGGCACCCAGAGCCACCAGGGUCCCCCCGUGAGCCUCAGGGCUUUGAGAAAAUGGGGCAGGACCAGACAAAGCAGCAGAUUGAGAAGGGGCUGCAGCUGUACCAGUCCAACCAGACUGAGAAGGCGCUGCAGGUGUGGAUGAAGGUCCUGGAGAAGAGCUCUGACCUCGUGGGGCGCUUCCGUGUGUUGGGCUGCCUGGUCACAGCCCACUCGGAGAUGGGCCGCUACAAAGAGAUGCUGAAGUUUGCCGUGGUCCAGAUCGACACUGCCCGGGAACUGGAGGAUGCCGACUUCCUCCUGGAGAGCUACCUGAACCUGGCGCGCAGCAAUGAGAAGCUAUGCGAGUUUCACAAGACCAUCUCCUACUGCAAGACCUGCCUCGGCCUGCCUGGCACCAGGGCAGCUGCCCAGCUGGGGGGCCAGGUCAGCCUGAGCAUGGGCAAUGCCUUCCUGGGCCUCAGCCUCUUCCAGAAAGCCCUGGAGAGUUUCGAGAAGGCCCUGCGUUACGCCCACAACAACGAUGAUACCAUGCUCGAAUGCCGCGUCUGCUGCAGCCUGGGCAGCUUCUACGCCCAGGUCAAGGACUAUGAGAAAGCCCUGUUCUUCCCCUGCAAGGCCGCGGAGCUUGUCAACGACUAUGGCAAAGGCUGGAGCCUCAAGUACCGGGCCAUGAGCCAAUAUCACAUGGCCGUGGCUUACCGCCUGCUGGGCCACCUGGGCAGUGCCAUGGAGUGUUGCGAGGAAUCCAUGAAGAUCGCUCUGCAGCAUGGGGACCGGCCGCUGCAGGCGCUCUGCCUACUCUGCUUCGCUGACAUCCACCGAAGCCGAGGGGACCUGGAGACAGCCUUCCCCAGGUAUGACUCUGCCAUGAGCAUCAUGACUGAAAUUGGAAACCGCCUGGGGCAGGUGCAAGUGCUACUGGGUGUGGCCAAGUGCUGGGUGGCCAGGAAGGCGCUGGACAAGGCUCUGGACGCCAUCGAGAGAGCCCAGGACCUGGCUGAGGAGGUGGGCAACAAGCUGAGCCAGCUCAAGCUGCACUGCCUGAGCGAGGGCAUCUGCCGCAGCAAGGGGCUGCAGCGGGAGCUGCGAGCCCACGUUGUGCGCUUCCACGAGUGCGUGGAGGAGACGGAGCUCUACUGCGGCCUGUGCGGGGAGUCCAUAGGCGAGAAGAACAGGCGGCUGCAGGCCCUGCCCUGCUCCCACAUUUUCCACCUCAGAUGCCUGCAGAACAAUGGGACCCGGAGCUGCCCCAACUGCCGCCGCUCAUCCAUGAAGCCUGGAUUUGUAUGACUUGCAGCAGCAGCAGUCUGGUCUCCCCCCACAACUCCCUUUGCCCUCCACCAUCAGACUGAAGGCCCAGGUUUGCUCCUGGAGCAGCCACAGGCCUCUUCAGUCAUAGCCAGGGCCUGGGCCUGCCCACUGCUGCUCCUUCAGGCCCAGCUGCCCUCCCCUGCCUCUUUGUACUUUGUUCUUUAUAGAAAAAUAAAUGGUUUGUACCUGACCCCA